UGCCUUCUCAAUGACUUCACAAACAUGGUACAGUGAUGAAACUAUAAUUGCUUCAAAGAACAUUUAACUCUAGUUAUGCCAAAAAAAUAUCUGUCAAACUGACUCUCUUUAGGUAACUAAAGACCAGAAGACGUUGAAGAGCUGGGAGGCAGCUUAGCUUGCUGUACCUGCUGAGAUCCAUCAUAUGAUAUUGAAAUUCAUAAAAAUAACAGCAUAUAAGUUUGGUGAGACGCCAGAGGGCUUUGUGUUUCCAAUAUUCAGGGGCAAAUCCCUCAAGAUGCUGUCAGCUAGUUCCCUAGCUAGGGGUAUUGGAAGGAUGCUAGUUGCCUCGAAAGGUUACAAAAAGAAGGCAACACACAACAAGUCGCACAACGAUUGUGACUUAACAACAACUACAUUAGUUAAAAUAACUAUUACAAAUAAAACACUGACAAAAACAACAACUACAACAACCUUAUCAGCUGCAACAGGUCGCACAACACCAACAGCAGACUGCGUUAACUUCCAGCCAAUCACAAAUGAGGAAAGUAGGUCAGGUAAUUUAUCAUCCUUUACGAAGUACAAAAAGAUUUCGAGGGUCCCACUGUACAUUUUUGCAAAGUGAUCGAAUUACAAAGAUUUAUUGGGUAAGCAGAUUACUUUAUCCCUCCUCCCCAAUUCUUCCUCCUGAAGACUGGGGGGAAUCUUGGGUAUUUUUAAAGCCCCACUUAAACUAUAAAAUUGAUUCUCUUGAUCAAAUACAUUCAGAUGUACGCUUACAAGUAUUUUCA